AUGGUUUCCCCACCAUCCCUUCCUCUUCCUCCUUUUGCACCCUUUCUCACCUCAGAACUCAGGGAUCAAAUUCAACCAGAUGAAUGGACCGCCUGCAUCACAGCUUGGGUGUCUCUAAUUGAAGCCCAUCUUUCUCUCUCGGAAGAUGAAUUUAUUCAGCAUUCACUUGUGGACGAAUCCAUCCCUGAUUUUCUUGUAUCUUUUUCUCACGAGGUUGCCACGCAUGGAUCGACCAUAUUAGGCCCGGCAGCUGGCCAACAGCCCUUGCUCAAAGGUGUUUUUAUGCUCACGAGUAGGCUGCUGGUCACAAAACCCGAGUCGAAAUCUAAACAAAAGACAAUUCCACCAACUGUGCUCCGUCUUCUACAAUGGGAGUUUUUUGCAGAUCUAUGCCGUACACAGAGCAGGAAAAGGAUACCGGAAUUAUCUUCAGCCCUGCCGGCAGAGAGAAAGGCAGUCCUAGAGACGUCGUUGGCCGCGCUCAAAAAGUCAUUGAUUCACGACCUCGACGCGGGGCUCGCGAACCCGGCCGCCCUCCGUGAACUCGAGGCUCGCCUGGAUAGGCUCAACUUUCUGAUUGCUCGCAUACCUUGGGCUGCGGCAUUCUUUCUGGCCGGAAGCGACUUUUUGGACGGCCUGGUGGCGUGCUUUCGCAUCAUGAACCCGCCGCUGCGCAAAGUCAUCGUGGCCACUGCCUAUCUCUGCGUCAUGGGCUUGGCAGAGGCCAGUGGAGGCGGUUAUGGUGUCUUGACCGACCAACUCUACGCCCUGAGGGCGGCGGCGGAGGCGCACCGCGCGGGCCCGCUCAACGUGAAUGAUUCACUUGUUGCCGAGCUGGUGACUUCAACGCCUUUAUUGGGCCAGCUGGAACGCCGGGUAAAUGGAGCGUCAGAAUCUGCAAGCACCAGGGUCAAGUCGAUUCUUAAAGAUUUGGCAAGCUUCAAAAAGCCCGGUGUGGGUCUCAGGCAGCCCGCGAGGAGGCUGCAGAAGAAGGUUGACAAGGGCAAGGGCGUUGCUCUCGAUCUCGGAAUCCCAUCACAAGAGAUCCAUAUCCAUCGAAUGGAGCAAAUUACCCAGAUACAGGAUCUUUUCCCAGAGCUGGGGUCUGGGUUUGUCGCCAAGCUUCUGGCCGAGUAUGGUGAGGAUCAGGAGCAAGUGAUCGCUCACCUGCUAGAUGAUUCGUUGCCCGAACAUCUGAAGAUUGCGGACAGAAGUGAAGAACUGUCAUCAAAUACUGGACAUGGCACACCGCCAUCGACAGAUCAUAUGGCACCUAGAUCAACGCCACCGCGAUUCAAGGAGCAAACUCUGCCCGUCCGUCACAACGUCUUCGAUGAUGACGAACUUGACAUGCUCUCUGGCAAUGCCGGCAAGCUCCACCUUGGCAAACACAACCCAGACAGGACAGCCGACGACAUUCUCAAAGACAAGUCCAAAGCUCCAGACAAAGCCGCCAUUCUUGCAGCCCUUGCCACGUUUGAUUCAGACGAUGACGAGCGCGAUGAUACAUACGACGUAGAGGAUGUAGGAGGGACAGUGGACGCAGCUGGGGAGGCCGAGGAUCAAUCACUAAACGACGAGGUGCUCUUUAAGGCAUGGAAAGCCGAGGCAAGCGUCUUUGGUCGGGAUAAUGCUACGCGUAACAGCUCUGCGCGUCAAAGUUUACGAGCCGAGACGGGUUUGACAGACGAAGCGAUCGAGGGCUGGGCGAUAAUGCUGUCGAGGAACCCACAGCAACAGCGCAGACUUGAAGCCAAGUUCACAAUGUUCACCGGAGCGCAGACGGAGCUGGCUUCUACAGCAUGGCGCGCAAGUCCAGGCGGGUCCGGGGCAGAGGAUUCAGAUGCAGGCGGGACCGGCGGUCGUGGAAGAGGCAGGGGGCGCGGACGCGGUGGCCGAGGAUCAGGACGCGGGCGAGGAGGCGGACCUUCUAGCGGUGGAAAUGCGUCUGGGCCGACGGGCGAUGCCGCAACUGAGCAGGCGAGGCGGCGCAAGGAGGCCAACAAAAGCUCAAGAGCAAAUCAUAACAGACGAGCUCAGCGUGCGCGUAAGAUGGGUGGAAUGCCUGGUUAA